UUUCACAUUCCCAGUCCAUUUUCAACUACUUUUCAUAUCCCUUCCAUUUUUUUUUGCCCCAAUCAGAAUUCAGUGUCUUUUCAGACCAAUGAGUAAAGAAGGAAGAAGAAGAAGAACCGGAGGUCUGAGAUGGAGCUGGACCUCCGCCUUCGUCGGCGCCGCCACCGCCGCAGCAACUGUGGUUGCACUAUCAUCAAAGCCUCGGGAUCCCGAUUUUCAUCUCGUCUCCAUCGAUCUCACUUCCUUCAAGCUCAACUUCCCCGUACUAGACGCUGAACUCAUCCUCACUGUUCACGUCACAAACCCUAACGUAACCUCCAUCAACUACUCCUCAACUGAAAUGUCGAUUUUCUACUCCGGCGACCACCUCGGCUCGGCUCGUGUCAAAGCCGGAUCGCAGCCACCGCGUUCCUGUCAGGUCCUCCGUCUUCCGGCGAGACUGAGUGGAGUGCAACUUGCACAUCACGGCAAGGAAUUCGUCGCCGAUGUAGCGAAGAGGGAGAUGGUGUUGGAUGCUACUGUGGAUAUUGAAGGAUUUGCUAAGGUGAUGUGGUGGGACCAUAAAUUCCGUGUGCACGUGGAUAGUCACGUGACUGUAGACCCGGUUUUUCUUGAUGUUAUUGAUCAGGAAAAUAAAUCGGCUUUGGAGGUCUUUGUUAGCUGACGGUUCAGACCGAGAAUUCUCCACAACAGCUUGACAAGAGUAACAUGAUCGGACGUGUAAAUGAGCUUAGAGUAUAUGAAGAGUAAACUCAUGGAUAUCUCGUCUGAUGAAACACUAGUCAUGGCAAUCGUAGGUAUGGGUGGUAUCGAAAAAACUACAUUUGCUAAAAGAAUUCAUGACAAUCCGGCAAUAAAAUCACAUUUUGACAUUCUAGCAUGGGUUACAAUGUCAAAGGAAUACUGUAUCAGAAAAAUGUUGCUGCAGUUUUUUCAUUGUAUUCCAUCAACCAAGUAUGUAAUCGGCGAGGAAAUGGAUGAUGGUGAUCUAGCUGGAAAAUUGAAACAGACGUUGUGGAUGCGUAGGGAAAGUACACAUCUCCUCAGAAUUAUCUGAAGUUGGAAGAAAAUUGCAGAUAAUUGUCAAGGCUUGCCUUUGACAGUUAUUGUAGUUGCUGGACUUGUAUCUAAAUUCGACGAUGAACUAGAUAGAUGGGAGCAAGUUGCACAAGAUGUAAAAUCAUCUAUAUUUAAUGAUCCUGCUUGACAAUGUGAAAAGGUCCUUGCUUUGAGUUACUGUUAUUUGCCUCAACGCCUAAAGCCGUGUUUUUUAUAUUUUGGGAGUAUUUCCUACGAUGAAGAGGUAAAUGCGACAAGAUUAAUCAGCCUAUGGGUUGCAGAGGGACUUCUAAAGGAAGCUGAUGAUAAUAAAAGUUUGGAGGAUGUAGCUGAAGAAUGUUUACAAGAACUUAUAAACAGAAAUUUGGUUCUCGUAGGCCAACAUAAUUUUUGCGGGGAGGUGGAAACAUGUAAGAUCCAUGAUCUCUUACAUGAGUUCUGCUUGAGACAAGGUCGAGGUGAGAACGAGAACUCCCUACCUGUUAUAAGUAACGAAUCAUUGAACCUAGCACUACAUGUCUCCCGAUUAUUCACAAAGGUCUGUCUAAGGAUUGCGCGAU